GGUCGGACGUGGCCUGCAUUUCGCGAACUCGCACCACUCGCCGCUUCUCGCGCUUCCAAUAUCACCACAUCCUCGGCCUUGACACCUGUUUCUAGUAACUCAAACGCGGCGAGAGCACCGGAUAUGCCAGAGCCGAUGACCACAUAUUUAGCUUUUGGAGGCACGGGAUCAUUUUUGUUGGCAAAGAGAUGGGGAAAUCCACGAGUGGUGCGCUGCCAGUAGCUCAAGCAGGGAGUGGUAUUAGGCAGAUUCCUGCUGGAUCCGUUUUGGGGACUUGUCAUGAUCGCGGCGACGGAGUAAAUGGAGGGGAAGCUUAUGUGUCAGAUAAUCUGCUCCCAGCUAAAUACUUUACUUGAUCCACCCAAGUGACGGCUUGUGCCGCUUAACCGUGAUUACAACCGUGAGUACAGGAAUUGUUCGUUUCGUGCGGGGAGAAGUCCGCGAUUUGUCUCCCUGUGACUUACCUAUCCCUCCACCAAACCCACUCUCCUUUCUUGACAAGGAAUCCAUUUAUCGCAAAGCCAUGCUUAAUAUAGUUAAAGGUCCACGAGAGAGCUCCCCCAAUGCGCGAUUGGCGGACUCUAGCGCGCCACUAUCCUGACCCUCUCGUGGCCAGGGGCGCUUGGCGGCCGGCAUACUCUCGCCUCGACCUCCUCUUAAAGCCAGCGGAGGUAAAGAUGUGCCCCAGGCGGGGUAAGACUGGAAGCUUCAACCUUUUUAGGUCAACCACACGAGCGUCCAAGACCGUUGGGUUCUGUCUUCAUGGCCUCGGAGCAUUCCCGAGGUUACGCCAAGUUCUUUCUGGGCGUCUUGCGAUUGGUGGCUGACGCGAGUUCCUUAUCACAAGACAACAGCCCCUUCCGAUCUGCGAUCUGCACGGGGCAUAUUGACCCCCGGAUGUGGCUCGAGUCGCAUGCGAGAGCUUAUCGGGACGAUGACUACUUGGCUGUUUCUUGUUCUUUAAGAGGAGACGCCUCCCAGACAGCCAGCUUUCUCUGCUUCUCUCCUACAGAUCAUCUCCUUUGGCUUCCUGCCCAGUGAUCAUGGGCCUCUCGAAGAUCUUUCGGCGCGGUGACCCGACGGAUGGCUAUGUACGAACAGCGGAUGAGCGGGCUCUUGUCCGACGUCUGGAUACAUUCCUGCUCACCUUUGGCUGCCUUUCACAAGUGAUCAAAUACCUUGACCAGCAAAACAUUAAUAAUGCCUAUGUCUCUGGCAUGAAGGAAGAUUUGAACUUGAAGGGAAAUGAACUGAAUUUGUACGACUGCCUGCGAUCGUCAGACCAAUAGACUGCUAAUGAACAUCAGAUUUACCACGUACUUUAACGCUGCAUACUGUGUUAUGCUUAUUCCCUCCCAAAUUAUCCUAACAUACAUCAGACCAAGCUAUUGGCUUCCGGGCCUGGAGAUCGUGUGGGGUGUGUUGACCGGUCUGAUUGCUAUGACCACGCAUGCGAAACAAGUCUACGUCCUCCGCGUGUUUUUGGGACUCUGCGAGAGCAGCGCGUGGCCUGGAAUGAUGACUUUGUUGAUGUACUGGUAUACGCCAACGGAGCUUGCAAAGCGCAUGGGCUUUUACCACUCCUGCCAGGCUGUCGGCCAGAUGAUGUCUGGAGCGCUGCAGGCUGCAAUCUCGGACACGCUCAACGGCCACGGAGGGCUUGCCGGAUGGCGAUGGCUUUUCGUUAUCAAUGCGAUUAUCACCGUUGUGUGGGGAUUUGCGGGAUUCUUCAUGAUCCCAGAUCUUCCUAACAACCCCAACCCUCGGGCAUUUUGGUUCCGCAAGGUCCAUGCAGAGCUCUCGAUGGAGCGACUGGCUCGUAAUGGCCGAGCCGAGCCGAAGAAAAUGACAUGGGCGGGUGUAAAGCGGACAUUCUCGGGCUGGGUGGUGUACUUUAUCGCGAUUCUCUAUAUUGCGACCGUCCUGGGCACGUAUGGCUAUGUCUACUUCUCGCUCUUCCUCAAGUCUCUCAAGAGACCCGACGGGACUCCCAGAUGGACGGUAUCAGAAGUGAACGCGAUCCCGAUCGGUGGCUCCGCCAUUAACGUUGUCUUUGUGUGGAUCUGGGCAUUGUUGUCGGAUUUCCUGCAAACAAGAUGGACUCUGAUCGUGGCCCAGGGAAUCAUUGGCAUAAUUCCCUGCAUCGUCAUGAGCAUUUGGACUUCUCAUCCGACCUCAGUUCCACUCUCUAGCGCCUAUGCGUCCUAUUUUAUCUCAUUCAUCUGUCUUGGAACAGCGCCGCUCAUCUUCGCCUGGCUUUCGGACCUCAUCCCCCAAGAUCCCGAGGCUCGUUCACUGGUUGUUGGCGUCUCCGUUGCUGGAUAUUACGCCAUCUCUGCUUGGUCGCAGGUACUGGUAUGGCCAGCGUCGCAAGCGCCAUAUUACAAGUAUGGCUGGCAAUCUGCAUUAGCCUUGUUGGUGCUCGUCAUUAUCAUGACGUGCGCCCUCCGCUACAUCGAUGUGAGGUAUCUUCUACCAAAGCGUGAGGCGUUCCAGGAAACGCUGGAAGGGACUGUCGUUGGCCGAAAAGAUAGUGUUUCGGGUUUGACAGACAGCAAUGUAGCGCCAGGACCGAGUUCGGAUCCUGAUCGGAAAUCUGUGCACAAGGCUACUGUGGACGAAGUCUGAGAUAGAUGCAAUAUGAAUGACGAUGCUAUAUGAAUG